AUGUAUUGAAAUGUCAAAUGUUUUGGUAAACACUUGUAUUGAAAGGCGUGUCAAACGUCACAUCAGUGUUGGGUUUUAAAUGUCUUAAACACCAACUCAUCCGUUACCUCAUGAGUUGACUAUCAGUCUCGAAGAUAUUUGCGAAUUAUAUCAAAAGAUAAUUGGACUGAUAUUAAUACCACCGAAGAUAUUGUUUAUUUAAGAAGUAUUGAUUUUAGACGACAACAACAUCAACAACAAUGCCGGCCAAAGAUGGAAACAUUGUUAAGAUUGCCGUCGAAAUGGACACAAGUUUUGGUGGAAAUUAUAUGCCACAAUUACUCGAGUUUGAUCAAAAUCGGACAUUGUUUCUGAUAAUUGCCGAUUUGUGUACCGUUUGGUCACUUACCGAUUCGGAUCAGUAUUCGCUACAGUUUAACGACUCGUCUAAUGUUUAUAUAACCGAAAAAAACAGAAAUGAGAUCAAAAACGGUGAUGUUUUGCGACUAACGUAUUCGCCAUCGCGUACGGCUCAGGAUAUACUCGAUAAACUACAAUUUGAGUCAUCCGAGUCCCGAUUGGCCACAUAUAAGCGUUUGGUCAAACUGUCGACUGAUUAUACGUUUGCCAAUGAGUUUAUCAACAAACAGGGCCUACAGUUCAUUGUCGAGUCCGUCGAAAAGGAUGCCAUUUCCAGUAACGAUGGCCUCGGGUUUGCACUCGAGAGCUAUGUCGAGCUUAUGAACCACUCAAUCAUAUCCUGGGAUAAUUUGGAGUCAAAAUUUAUCGGUAAAAUUGCACAACAGGUGAACACAUCAAACGUAUCGUCCAGUGAUAAGAAAGAGUUGAUCCAUUCGUUGGCUAUUUUGGAGUCAAUAGUGGUUUCCAGCACUAAGUUUAAUGUAUUAGUCGAGGCAGAAGUCACACUACCAAACCUGAUAUAUCUUGUGUCCCAAAACCAACACAACCAAGAGAUACAGCAAAACUCAAUUGCUUUAAUCAACGCUUUAUUUUCAAAGUCGGAUACAUCGAAACGUAAAGCCAUUGCCGCCACUCUUAGUUCAAAACACAUCCGAAAUGUUAUACUGACCACUGUUUUAAAUCCGCGGAUCACUGUCGGCAGUGACUCGAGCGGUCAUAUCUAUAAUGUUGGCUCAGAAAUGGCGCAUCAGUUAUAUGUUUUGCAGACAUUAUUGUUUAAUUUACACGAAGAACGGAUGAAUACAGUGGUUAACGCCAACAAUGAAGUCGAAACCAGAGAUCGUAUUCUUGAAUUACGCAAAACUGCUUUUGAUUCGGAUAUUGGCGUUGAAAAGAAUUCCAGUUCUAAAAGUUUGGUCUCUUCUUCAUUGAUUUCAUCGACAAAAGGCGAUGGUUUUCAAGAAGAUUAUAAACGAUUAGGAUUUACGAGUACUAAAGAUCCGAUCCAAGACUUUACGGAAAAUCCCGGUCUCUUAGCACUCGAUCUUUUGAUUUAUUUAGCGCGCAAUCAUACAGAAACUUAUGUCAAAUUUGUUUUGGAAAACUGUUCCCGAAGUGAUAGAGAACAUGAGUGCCCACUCGUCAAAAGUACAAUACAUUUGACACGACUUCUCUGCGAAAUACUUAAACUGAAUGAAGCGCCGAGUGAUGAGGGAAAGACAUUCUAUCCCAUGUUCUUCACACACGACCAUCCAUUAGAAGAAUUCUAUUGUAUUGUAGUAUCGCUUUUGAAUAAGACAUGGAAAGAGAUGAGAGCCACUGUUGAAGACUUUGUCAAAGUGUUCUCUGUUUUGCGCCAACAGUUGACUCGUGCAAUGGCCGAUCCCGAAGCAACCGUAACAUUCGAUAAGCUUAAACUUAAAUUGGCGUCACUUUCUUAUUCAGUAAUCACUUCUUUGUGGCAAAAAGAGAGAAGUAGUCGAGAGGAAUGGGAGAAUAAGGCAUUUGCUAUACUUGAGCUCAGAGAUAUGGUUAAACCAAAGAUUAUUGAACUGAUUAAAGAACAAAGACUUCAAUUUCUUAUGGAAGGCACGCGGUUUGAUAAAUACUCGAACAAAGGUCAACGUAUUAAAGACAAGUUCUGGUACUGUCGACUAUCGUCUAACCAAAAAUUUUUAUGUUUUGGUGAUUGCGAUGAAAAUAAAGUGUUAUCUGUAGAUGAGUUAACCCAUAAGUUUGCUAUCAUUGAUAUCAAACAAUUGGUUGUCGGCAAAGACUGUCCUCAUAUGAAAGAUAUGUCGGCCAAGAGUAAAAAGUCGACGUUUUCGUUGGCUUUUUCAGUGAUACCCGACGCGGAACAGGAGACACCGCUUAACUUUGUGGCACAAAAUGAGCACAUAUUUGACUAUUGGAUUGACGGCAUAAAUGCAUUGUUGGGUCAGGAGAUGACCAGCAAAGAGACAGUGAAUGAUUGUGAAACACUACUAUCGAUGGAUAUUAAGAUCAGAUUACUCGAUACGGAAGGUAUAAUGAUUCCCGAAAGAGCUCCAGAUAUUCCUCCCUCUCCGCCAAACUAUGACUUUAACUUUAAGUAUUGAUUUAAACAGUUUUUCACAUCAAUUACCGUAAUUUUUCUGUACC